UUAGAAAAUGCCCCCAAAACGAAAAGCUGCCCCGUCCUCCUCGUCAGGGACUCCGGUGCCGAGACUGCAAGAAAAAAGACAACGAAAGAAUGAAGUCGCUCAAAACCAGCAUCUCUCUACAAAUCCCGACGCAACCGGGCCAAUGUACGAGCCUCUACCAAUAGGUCUCACCUCAGAUCCAUCUGUGCCCACCGAUGUCACCCAUGCAGCCAUUCCAACACCAUUCACACCAAAUUUUGUCCAAUCAAUAGUCGCAUCAAAUCAAAAUGCUUCCCUCAACUACGAAACAAAAGUCAAGAACAAAGUAUUACUCGUUGAUAACCCACCAGCAUCUGACUCGAUCAGACAGCAACGCAGAUCAAAAAAGGAUGAAAUGAAGAGAAAAAGGAAGACCAAGCGUAUGUCGGCAAAAGAGAGGAAGGAGACGGGCGUGUGGGAUGUUCCUGUGGAGGCGCAAAAGUACGCAUUGUAUGUCCCGCUGCACAACCUCUGGCAAGGAUACAUCAAUGACCUUUUCGACAAAUCAUCGCAACCUGGGAUAAUUCUUCCCAGAAUGAUGAAAGCCGAUUAUCAUGGAGCAUUGCUCACAGUCGCAAAGUCAAAAUGCCCCACUUACAUUGGCAUAUCCGGAAUCGUGAUAAAAGAAACGGAAAACAUGUUCUACAUUAUUACAAAGGACGACUGCAUGAAAAUUAUACCCAAGCGAAACAACGUCUUCACAUUUCAAGUCAAUACCAAUCUCUUUACUCUUUAUGGAAACCAGUUUCGAACACGAGCAGGAGAGCGAGCAGCCAAGAAAUUCAAAGAGAAACCAACGGUGGACUUGUAGCAUGAAAAUGAAAUAAAUUAAAAAAAAAAAACUAGAAUAAUACUUAUGAUGUCUUAUGCAAGAACUAUGAUCACCCCUCUUCUUCCAAGUCCCAUGUAUCUUUUACCAACCGC